UUAGCCAAUGAGGGAAAUCGAAAGAGCGUCCAUGGAUGCUUGUGGCUAAUGUUACUCUCACUUUCUGCCCUUUCAUCGUACAGAAUCGUGGAAAAUCAUCGAAACAAGGAAUCAUGGGUGACCGAAAAGCUGUGAUCAAGAACGCCGACAUGGCUGAGGACAUGCAGCAGGACUCCGUAGACAUAGCAACACAGGCUCUGGAGAAGUACAACAUCGAGAAGGACAUCGCUGCCUACAUCAAGAAAGAGUUCGACAAAAAAUACAACCCAACAUGGCAUUGCAUUGUGGGACGCAACUUCGGAAGCUACGUCACCCACGAGACCAAGCAUUUCAUCUACUUCUAUCUAGGACAGGUUGCUAUUCUGCUCUUCAAAUCUGGCUGAGCUCAAAAGAUGUUUGUCAUCAAGAUGAUGGCUUUCUCUUCGUCCUUGCGUAGUGUAGCAGGAUAUAGACUGUUCAUUUAGCUACAGUUAUCAAUCUUAAGAAGGGUUGCUGGAACUCUCAACAAAAUUGAACGACAAAAUAUAUAUCACAUCUGCUCUUUUAAACAUAUUCUUCCUGCAAGGUGCAGAACUUUAGGAUAUACGUUCUGUGAGUCUAUAGCAAUGUUGCUGUUCUUCCUCUACACAACAAUGAACUAUUCCAAGAUGAAAGGGACAACGGUGCCAUGGUGCUACAAAAUGGUUGAUAGGUUUCAGCUUGCCAAUGUUCUCGCAUUUUAUAAGUUAGUUUAUAAUGAUAUAAAAAUGUAGAUUUUGUACACUAUAUUGUGUGUGGAACAAAUCUAUAAAGCCUGCUAUAUAUGUUGUUAAUAAAGUUAAUGUUUAUACUU